AGGCAUUGAAGACGAUGUAUGCGCUGCUGAAGAGUAAAUCAGAGCAGGAGCGUAGAUUGCUUUCUGCGUUAGUAAACAAACUGGGAGAUCCUGAAAACAAGGGUGCAUCCAAUGCUGAUUUUCACAUGGCAAACCUUUUGUCUGAUCAUCCCAAUAUGAAGGUGGUGGUUAUUGAUGAGGUGGAUUCUUUCCUCUUUCGGCCGCAUUUAGGGUUACGAGCGAAGUACCAUGCUGUAUGGCUCUUCAUUUUUACUGCUGAUAAUUUUAGUCUCUACUAUGUAAUUUGGAGGAAACUUGUUGCGUAGUUUGAAUAUUAGUUUGUCCUGUAUAUUUUGCCAGUAGCUUGUAUAAUAAUGGUGAUCUUGUGCUUACAAAACGCGUACACACAGAGUGGUAAGAGAUUUAGUGAAGUUCUUU